AUGGCGGCUUCGCGUCGGCUUCGGGAGCUCCAAUCGCAGCCGGGGAACAAGAUCUGCGUGGAUUGUUCGCAGAAGAAUCCGCAAUGGGCAUCCGUCUCCUACGGCGUUUUCAUGUGCCUUGAGUGCUCGGGCAAGCACCGCGGCCUCGGCGUUCAUAUAUCCUUUGUUCGAUCUGUGACGAUGGACUCGUGGUCUGAGAUACAAUUGAAGAAAAUGGAGCUCGGUGGAAAUGAAAGAUUUAAUCAAUUUAUUUUGCAGUAUGGAAUCCCUAAAGAAACUGAUAUCGUUACGAAGUAUAAUACCAAUGCUGCAUCUGUUUAUCGAGACCGGAUUCAAUCACUUGCUGAGGGCAAACCCUGGCGCGAUCCCCCUGUCGUGAAAGAAACAAUCAGAUCUGGUAAUAAGAGUAGUAGUUAUAAUAAUAAACCUCCGUUGGGUGGUGGGGUUAGGGAUGGUAAUUCUGGGAACCAUGCGGGUUGGGAUACUUGGGAUAGUUAUGAUGAUGGAGGGUUUAGUGGAAAUUCAAAUAAUAAUAUUAGGAGGAAUAAUACUGUGGGAGAUUUUAGGAGCGGUGGAAAUGGGGGAGGUGCACCGUCAAGGUCGAAGUCGACCCAGGAUAUUUAUUCCCGGGCACAAUUGGAAGCAUCGGCUGCAAAUAAGGAGGACUUCUUUGCUAGGAAGAUUGUAGAAAAUGAGACUAGGCCUGAGGGGAUCCCACCCUCCCAAGGUGGGAAAUAUGUCGGCUUUGGGUCAACCCCUCCUCCGGUGCCAAGGAACAAUUCUCAGGGGGAUGUUCUUUCGUCAGUUACUCAGGGAUUUGGUAGGUUAUCUGUGGUGGCGGCAUCAGCUGCAAAUGUUGUUCAAACGGGGACAAAGGAGUUCACUUCUAAGGUAAGAGAGGGAGGGUAUGAUCACAAGGUGAAUGAGACUGUCAGUGUUGUGACUGCAAAGACAUCAGAAAUCGGACAAAAGACAUGGGGAAUUAUGAAAGGGGUAAUGGCUCUAGCUUCACAAAAGGUUGAGGAAUACACCAAAGAUGGAUCUGGCUGGAAGAAUGAUGGCUGGCAACGGAAUGAGACUGAAAGGAAUGGUUACUAUCAGGAGUUUGGACAGCAGUCUAAAGGAUGGAAUCAUUCUCCUGGAUUGCAACGCUCAUCUGGUCAACAGUUCAACUCUGUCAGUUCUGGCUCCUGGGAUGAUUGGGAUAGUAAAGACAACAAGAAAGAAGAAUCAUCUAAGGGAACAACACACCAUGAUGGGGAUAGCUGGGCAGGCUGGGAUGACGGAAAAGAUGACGGAUCUGAUAAUUACUAUCAAAGUGCAUCUGAUCACAAGGCUAUGGGUUAUAAUGGAAAAUCGGAUAGCAAGUGGUCAGAGGGAGGUUUUCUUUAA